GCUUUAGGUAAAGCUGACGAUUGUUCCGAGCAGGCAAACAUGCACCAACUGUUCAAAUUAACAAUUGAUAAAAAGAAACUAAGCAGUGUGGUUCUCACCACUACAGUACCAUUGCCACGGUCUCGUGAAGACUAUCAGAAAAGCGUUCUAAUCAGUUAUGAUUAUGAGAACUCAACUGUCCCUUUUGGUAAUCGGCACACUCCUUCUGACCAAAAGAGGCAUCGGACAGAAAGGCGCCUUUGAACAGAUUCUUGACGUUAAUCUUGGAAAAGAUGAUCCGGAGAGCCCGCGCUCCUUAUUACAGCUUUACGAAGGAGACAUCAAGUUAUCUGAAGAGCAGCGACUGAAUAAUGCCUUAUAUGGAAACCCUGAUGGAGCACCGUCACGUGCCGCAACUAAUGUUGACAAGAUAAAGUGGCCCAAUGCCGUCAUCCCUUACGAGUUUGACUGUAGUGUAGCUAACAUGGAUCGAGCUGUAAGAACUACAAUGGAAGCCAUUGCCGAGUGGGAGAGCAAGACGUGCAUCAGGUUCGUGAAGAGAACAACUGAGAAGGAAUAUCUGUGGUUCCACCGUGGAAAUGGCUGUUGGUGCGAGGUCGGUAAAGUGUACGGUCGUAAGACAUGGCUGUCAAUUGGCAGUGGUUGUGAAUACAAGCACGUCAUGACCCAUGAGCUUGGACAUGCGAUUGGCUUUUGGCACGAGCAGAGCAGGCCUGAUAGAGACAACUACUUGAAGAUCAACUGGGAAAACAUACUUGACAACAUGGCAUAUAAUUUCAAAAAGAAGGUCUAUGGAACAGAGGUAGUGGACUAUGGAGUCCCGUAUGAUUAUGCAUCCAUAAUGCAUUACCCGUGGACUGCCUUCUCCAAAAAUGGUAAAAAGACCCUGGAGCCUAUCCGGCCGUUAAAUGGAAAGACCCCAUAUGUGAAACUUAGUGACGAUGAUGCAUUGCAGGCACGCAGGAUGUACAAAUGUUCAGGCCGUUCCAUUGAUGCUCAACUUGACGAGAAAAAACAAGCAGCAGAUCAACAGGAAAGAUGUGCAGACAGAGCAUCGCAGAGAGACUGUGAAGGAUGGAAAAAGGCUGGAUUUUGUGUAAAACACGAUUCCCUGAUUUAUCACUGCAAGAAAACCUGUAACCUGUGUUCUUCAGAUAGCUGCAUGGACCUAAAAAUAGAUUGCAUAAUGUGGGCCUGUACAGGAAGAUGCUCAGAGGAUCAAAUCAAGAAAGAAUGCCCGCACUCUUGCAAAACCUGCAAUACCAAACCGCCGGUACCGUCAACAACAAUACCGCCAACAGCACCGCCGGCGACAACAAUGCCACCAACUAAUCUCCCGCCUACUUCCGUGCAUACCAUGCCACCGACACAACCCAACAACACUGGCGUGGGCUUGAUGUGUGUAGACAAGCGUAAAAGUUGUCCAUCGUGGGCUUCUCAGGGUGACUGUAAAACUAAUGGCUGGACUGAAAGAAACUGCCGCAUAAGCUGCAAGACACGGUGUGAUACUCAUCCAGUCAAGCCUACAGGUUCUUGUUCUGACGGUCUUGGUCUUGGAUGGCCUGGAAACUACCAACUACCCGACAGCGCAUUCAGCGCGUCAUCGGAAUACAGGCCCGGCACCUGGAGGGCAACGGCGGAUAAUGCUCGUCUUUACUUUGAGGACGAUCAAGACAACAAGAGGAUUGGAGCGUGGUGUGCCAAUGAUCGAGACAACCAGUGGCUUAAGGUUGAUCUUGGUAAAACUAAGAGGAUAAGGGCAAUCACUACACAAGGUAACAAAUUAAAACAGUUAUCAGUGAUACAAACAAUCAUAAUUUAAAAAAUGAAAAUCAGUAUUUACCACGUUCACGGUAGCUUGCUUUCUCUGCCGACCACUCCUGUGGCGCUUUUCUUUCCUGGCGAGUCUGUUCACAGGGUAUACCGAGACUCAAGCUCCUUAUGUUGAAAGCUCUCUAUAGAAUUCUCUUUCCUUCUCUAUAAGCCCUCCGGGGAGCUUAAGAGAGUGUUUAUGGCACAGACAGUCGACCAUACUCUAUCUGCACUGGAUGCACAUUUUCUGUAGC